AUGAUAUCGACAUUGGCACUGAAAGCGGCUUCGCUACCUACAGCACUUUGGCUAGCCUUUUACUCGUUGUAUCAUAUUGCCCGCCUACAAGAAGAGGAUAUCGUGCUGAUUCAUUCGGCCUCCAGCAGCUUCGGCCAGAUGGCAGCUCAGCUCGCUGCUCUCCGAAAUGCGCGUGUGCUAGCAACCGUUGACACUGAGGCAAAGAAAAGAUUCUUGUGUGAUCAACUAAAUAUCCCAAAGAUGGAGAUCCUCGUCCUCGAUAACGUGCUACUUCGCAGCAAAAUACAUGAAGUAACCAGUGGACAAGGCAUCGAUGUGGCGGUUGGUCCGUUUGCAGACGGGAACCUAGUUGUUGCUGAUUGUCUCGCCCCUUGCGGUCGUAUUGUUGAUAUCAGCCUGUUAAAAUCGACACAUCCUAGUAUGACUCCCAGGAAGCAGGACAUGAAUAUAUGCCGAUCUUUAGUCAACAUGGCGGAACUCCUCAGGGCAAAACCGGUUAUCGCUCAUGGCAUCUUUCAAGAUGCCAUGAAACAGUUCUUCCAGGGUCAAUGCAGGCCACCACAGUCAAUACAUACUUUCGCCGCUGAGCAAACUCAGGCAGCAUUCAACAGCACCCGCGACUCCAAUAUUAUUCGCAAGCGGGUUGUGGAACUGAGCGAGACCAUGUCCCUUAAGGUUAAUUGCUUGAGGAAGCCUCAGUAUUCUUUUCCAGAAAACGCAACAUACAUCAUUGCAGGAGGCUUUGGAGGACUAGGUCGAAGCUUCGCACGAUGGAUGGCGAGCAGACGAGCGCGUUAUUUAAUCUUAUUAUCUCGCUCGGGGCCACACACAAAUUCUAAAGCAAAAGGGUCCUGGAACCUCCACCAGGCACUGCCUUCUAAUCUGGAUUUCUUCGUGCUCAUGUCCUCAUUGAAUGGGAUAUUCGGCAGCCGGGCACAGGCGAACUAUGCAGCGGGUAAUACUUUCAAAGACGGUCUCGCUCAUUAUCGAUUGGCUCGCGGGCAAAAGGCCGUAUCUAUUGACCUAGGCCUGAUGGUGACUGAAGGUGUAGUUGCGGAGAGCGAAUUCCUUCUUACGUCCAUGCGUCGCCUUGGUCACUUGAUGGAGAUCGCGCAAGAUGAGCUCAUCGCGCUGCUGGACUACUAUUGUAAUCCAGAUCUCCCUCUACUUUCUCAGGAUGCCGCGCAAGUCAUCGUUGGGAUCGAGAUGCCAUCAAAAGUGAUAGCGAAAGGGGUAGACCUGCAUCAUUCGAUCCGCCGGCCGAUCUUCAGUCAUUUAUUCAGAAUGGAUACCCAGGAAGCCUCGAAGCUGCACAAGGUCCAGGCAGGUGCGGCAAAUGUUGAUCGCUCUUCUAGGCUCAAAAAUGCUACGUCACACCAUGAGGCAACUGAGCUUGUCACUGAAUGGCUUUCAGCCAAAGUCGGUCACAUCUUAGGGAUGUCACCGUCGGAUAUUGAGGCGGGUAAGCCAAUCCAGACUUACGGAAUUGACUCGCUUGUGGCUAUCGACUUGAAGAACUGGUUCGAGACGGAAAUCGGGGCAUCGAUGACAGUAUUUGAUGUAAUGAAUAACACGCCUUUGGGACGGUUGAGUGCGAUGGCGGCUGAAAAGAGCCGCUAUCGUCGCUAG